CAAGGUAGAUGAGACAAGACGGAAAGCAACACAACAAGAAGACACAGAGAAGGAGAGAGCUAAGCUAGGAUGGGGUUGCUGCUGCUGCUUCACGUCGUCCUGGUCGCGGCGGCGGCGGGAGCCCCAGCGGCGCAGGCGUGGGGCAAGGAGGGGCACUACAUGACGUGCAAGAUCGCCGAUGGUUUCCUGACGAAGGAGGCAACGGCGGGGGUGAAGGCUCUCCUCCCGUCGUCGGCCAACGGCGAGCUCGCGGAGGUGUGCUCCUGGGCGGACAGCCAGCGCUUCCGGUACCGGUGGUCCAGCCCCCUUCACUUCGCCGACACCCCAGAAGACUGCAAGUUCAGCUAUGCCAGGGACUGCCACGACACCAAGGGGAACAAGGACGCGUGUGUGGUUGGAGCCAUCAACAACUACACCGCCGCGCUCCAAGACUCCUCAAGCCCGUAUGAUCGGACGGAGAGCCUGAUGUUCCUGGCGCACUUCGUGGGCGACGUGCACCAGCCGCUGCACUGCGGCCACGUGGACGACCUCGGCGGCAACACCAUCCUCGUCCGCUGGUACAGGAGGAAGAGCAACCUGCACCACGUGUGGGACGUGGACGUCAUCGAACAGGCCAUGAAGGACUUGUACGGCAAGGACCAGGACGCCAUGGUCAAGGCCAUCCAGCGCAACAUCACCGAGGACUGGUCCAGGGAGGAGAAGCAGUGGGAGGCGUGCCGUAGCAAAACCAAGACCUGCGCUGACAAGUACGCUCAGGAGAGUGCGGCGCUCGCCUGCGACGCGUACAAGGGCGUCAAGCAGGACUCCACCUUAGGAGAUGAGUACUACUCCGAGGCGCUGCCGGUCGUUGAGAAGAGGAUCGCUCAGGGGGGCGUCAGGCUGGCGGCGAUCCUCAACCGGAUCUUCAGCGGGAACGGCAAGCUGCAGAGCAUCUGAUCUAUGCAAUUUCGUCGAAAUUAAGGAGGAAGAAUGUCAUCCUGCCCUGUCUGACCAUGUUAUAGCUUGGCCAGAAAUCACGAAUUCGCGAUUAUAUUUGUUAUAUAUCGAUCCAUCCACCAAAGCGGCUUCGAGUCGCUGCUGCAGCAAAUCAUUGUACCUGUAUGAACGUACGUAUAUGGUGGUGUACUGGUUAACACCAUUGUAUUGUAUUGUAUUGUAUUGUAUCCUCUUGAUUUUCAGUAUAAGUACGAUGGUGAUGAUCUACUA